CUGUGAUUCAUCGAGCUAGAGCAGACACUUCAAAAAAACACCUUAUGGUAAAAUUAAAAGAAUCAAAAGGGAAAAGAAGAACAAAGGAAUAUAAUCACUUCGUGUGAUUUUAUCAUUAGUAGCUUAGUACACAUACUUGUUGAAUAUUUGAUAACCAUUAUCUUUUCCUCCAACUGAGGAGUAUAUCUUCCUUUCUCAAAGUUCUAAGACACCAACAUUUGGCAUUUGGCGUUAUUACUUUCCCAAAAAGUUAUGAUUUCAUGUUUCACCGUUUUCACAGGUGAAAGGGGGCUAAACAGAGGAGGGACAUCUUCUUUUGUUCUGGUGGCUUUUGAAAGCUCCUUUGCUUUUGGUAGAUCUAACAGAUUAACUAUAUUACUUUCUUCCCUUUUUACUCCCGGUCCCCAGUUUUUUAUCCGCAAUAUUCAAAUUUUUAAUUAACUCUUCGAGCAUAUCUCUUUUCAGCUCGACUGCAUCAACAAGGCCAUGAUUGUGCAUUGAUGCUUAUACAUCUUGCUCCAUGCUAAUGGAUAUCCUCAUUUACAGAUUCACCGCAAUUUAUGCAUUGUUUUACUAAAGAAUUAAUGGCAUAAAUAUUACUCGUAAGGUUUUAAAGGGCAAAAUUAUGACCAAUUUAAAAUUUGAACAAAAAGUGAGUUGACCUCUUCCUGGGAAGGAUCAAGAUGUCUUCUCCAGCUCUUCUUCACUCGUCACUUCCUAGCACCCGCACAUCCACGGAGGCUAUCAUCAAGCUUCUCGCAUAAGGUCGUCCCUGCUUCUCACCUUCAUCAUCGACCAUGAGUCCACCACGCGAAGUCAUCGAAGCUGACGGAGACCACCAGUGUGACGCCAUCGAAGAAGACGGAGACCACCGGUACGACGGCAACCGUCAGCGACGGCGACCGUCUGCGACGGCGACUGUCUGUGACGGCGAUGCAAGCUUUAUCUUCUUCUUCGUUGCUUCUCUUUACCGUCUCUGUGCUUCAGAUCUGUAAUCGAUUCCAGAUCUGUGAUAGCUAAUUGUCCAGAGAUGGGGGUGGAGUGGUGGUUGUUGGGGCUAAGGAGAGUUUCAUAGGGGCUAGGGGGCUGGGGAGAGGAUGGCAGUGGUUCUUGGGGCGGAUCCGGUUGUGGCCGGCGCUAGGCAGGUACACUGUACACGGCAGGGUGGCACUAGUGAGCCGUGGAGGGGAGCAGGGUGUUGGUCGGAGAUUUUGACGGAAAUAAGUUGGAGCAAUGGUGUUGGGUUUUCGAGGUGUUGGGUGCUGGGGGACUUAUGAUGGGGGCCAUGGCGGUCUUAGAGCAGACUGGGCGGGUAAUGAAGUUGUGUAGGCUGGCGGCGGCGUCACUGUGCAGCGGCUAUAGUGACACCAGUGGUGGCUACAGUGACACGGGCGGUGGCUACAGUGACCACAGGCGGAGCGGCUUUAGUGACAUGUGCGACGGCUUUAGUGACACAGUGGCGGCUACAGUGACACGAGCGGCGGCUACAAUGACAUAAAACUUAAUAGUGACAUACAAAUCUGGCAGACACUAUGUUUUUUCAAAUAUAUGACUUUCUAAUAGCCUAAUCUAUUUAGGAAUCUUCCUAAUAUAUAUUUGGGAAUCUGCCUAAUAUCUAUUUAGGAAUACUUUGUAUUUUGGCAACUCUUCUAUUAUAAAUAUAUCUGUUAGGACUCCUAUUGGAGUACCCCUGAUAAGUCCAUAUUUAGACACGCAUUUGAUGCAUGUUGGGAUCUAAUUGUGAUGGUUUUCCUAGCUUUAAGGUGUUUCAAGUCUCAAUUUUAGCUCAAGUUAUGUUUACUAGGCGUUGGUUCGAGUUUUGUGUCAUUUGGAAUCAAAAUCAGGAAUUUAGAGUUCGGCACCCGGCGCUUGAGAAGCAAUCGGGAUGAGUUGAGAAGCACUCGAGAGUGGAUUGAGAGCCUUGGAGGUCAACGGGAGGUUUAUAAUGAAGAUUUGAAGGAAAAAGAGCUCUAGGAUUGGUUAUGAGAUCAAAAGAAGACGAAUAGAGCUUGAAAACAACGAUCAGGAUGACCUUAUGUCAACCGUUCAAGAAUAUCUCUUUGUAUAAACAUCCAAUGUACACGAUUCAAGUUCCACAUGAAAUCUAACUUCAAGGGCUACAAAUCAUAUGAAGACACUGUUUCGCGAUUAUGAGAGGAAGAAGGUGAAAACAGACAAUGAAGUCAGAGAUCCCUGUUGCGAUUUCAGAAUGCGACCUUCCACCGUUUUGAUCAUAUCUCUUGAUUGGAUGAUUCAAAUCCCAUUAUGCAAGUUGGGGUGGAUAGAGGACUUCAUUAUCUACAAUUUUCAUGAAGGAAGUUUUGUCAAAUUCAGAAGUUUCACGCACGCCGUGCGUAGGGGAACACACGACCGUGCGUCCGAGGCGAGAAAACAAGGAAGCUACUGCCAGUCACGCACGGCCGUGCGUGGAGGGACGCACGCCGUGCAUGCCUAAUUUUUGCACAAUACAUGAGCCGGACGCACUGGGGGACGCACUCCGUGCAUGGGCCCCGUCCGUUCCCCCUGGAUUCCUAAUUUCGCCCGAAUUGCUCCGUUUUUCCUAUUUAAACAGCCUGUAAACCCC